AUGUGUCAUAUCAGCUGAUUGCGUCAUAGCAUUGUAAAACAAAACGCAAAAACAGAAAAACAAGUCGCAGUUUAGGAAUUCUUGGUGAUAAAAGAUUGUGAAAUUCUUGUAAUUACUUGGAAAACAUGAAGUUUCAAUAUAAAGAGGAACACUCUUUUGAGAAGAGGAAAACCGAAGGGGAGAAAAUAAGACGAAAAUAUCCUGAUCGUGUCCCUGUGAUCGUGGAGAAAGCGCCCAAGGCAAGGCUCGGAGAUCUCGAUAAAAAGAAGUAUUUGGUGCCGUCUGAUUUAACUGUUGGACAAUUUUACUUUUUGAUCCGCAAACGAAUCCAUCUGAGACCAGAAGAUGCACUUUUCUUUUUCGUUAAUAACGUGAUUCCGCCAACAUCUGCUACGAUGGGUUCUUUGUAUCAAGAGCAUCACGAUGAAGAUUUUUUCCUUUACAUUGCAUUUUCCGAUGAAAAUGUUUAUGGAUUUUAAUCUUUAAAGUUAUUAUAACAAUAUUAUUUCUUUCUAUAUUUUGGUGAUUUUAGUUGUAAGGCUUUAGCAUUAUUGAUGUAUUGUGUUUAUUGGUGAUAAUGAUUUCUGCAAUUUUCAUUCACUACAUUGUAAAUUUUAUGUUCUAUUAGAGGUUUUAAACAUAAUAACACUUAAAGGGAAAGUAUUAAGUAAUUUGUUUUUUGAUUGUAUAAAUGAAUGUAAAAUAUUUUCACAUUAAAUAAUUAUAUUCAACACAUUUUUCAUUUAUUAUUGUUUCACCACAACUAAAACUAGGUAUUUUAAAACCGAAUUACUUACAUCUGUUUUGCUUUGCUUUAUUUAAUUUUACAAAAUGGAUAGUAAUCAUUGUAAACAAAGAAGAGAGACAAAUCUAAUUUCUUUUUAUCAAGUAAAUUCUCAUAGAUCUGUUUGUAAAUCAACUAUGAUAAAGAAAAAACAAAUAAUGUAACUUUUAUCUUGAAUAAAUACAUUGUUUGAGCCCAA